UGCUGCUGUUUAAGCUAGCUGAUGGCUAGUAGCUUAUUAGUCAGAGCAGAGGAGCAAAAUAAACAGUCAAAACGGGUUGGAGAAUAUGGUGGUGAAUCUCUGUCUGCCACACUUUUAUACAACAGCUCACUGCAAUAAGCUGUGUGCAGAUGGCUACGAUGUCACAAACCUUGUGUCAGCCGACCCUGCUCUCCGAAGGCGGGGUUUCAAGCUGGAGUACUUCCUACGGCCACCUGUACAGGUGACAUUGAAGUUUGGCUUUCAGGUGGAGCUGUGCAGGGUGGAUGUGGAGCUGUGGCCCUGGGGUAUGGACCUAGGACAGGCCAGCAAGAGACUGGAGAUCAGCACCAGUUCAGACCCUCUCCCUUCCACAGGCCACAAACUGGUUCAGCAAAAGGAACAAAGGAUGCAGGUGAAGGACCAGAAUGAACAGAACAGAGGACAACAUCAAAGGCGGGACAGUAAAUCUCGGUACAGUAAUGGCCACCAGUGGAGUCUUCAGGCCCAGCAGUGGGGGGACGGGGCUCCAGGUGACUCUAAACAAAGCGGCCAUGUGUUCAAGUGUCAGUCGAACACAGAAUCCAGCGACCCAGAGCCCGAGUUUAAACUGGUCGGUCGCUGUGAACUUAGGGAAGACACCCAAGUCUGUUUCACGCGUUCAAAUUUCUGUCCCCGGACCCCGUUCCUCUCCCCGCCUCCUCCACGGCCUGCAAACUCUCGGCAGGAGGAGCUGUGGAGCCGGGGUUUGGUCUCGCUUGGUGCUGUGACGCAGCUCCGGGUCACCGUGCCUUUUGGCGGAGCGGCCUCUUCCCUCGGGUUGAAGGCGCUGGUUGUGUGGGGACAACCGGCCCGCUGCUGCCCUGCUGAAGAAGUGGAAAGGAUUAAAAGAGCCCACGAGGCCAGCGAGAGACGGCUGCCACGACCUGCGUUCUUUGUCCCCUCUGUCAAGAAAACCACACAACCACCUCAAACAUCUCCAAAUCUAUCCAUCCCAGAAGAAUUCCUCGACCCGAUAACCCAGGAGGUGAUGGUGCUGCCUAUGCUGCUGCCCAGUGGUGUGUCAGUGGACAACACCACUCUGGAGGAGCACCAGAAGAGGGAAGCAACUUGGGGUCGACCGCCAAACGACCCCUUCACUGGCGUCCCGUUCACUUCCACCUCCCAGCCUCUUCCCAACCCCCAGCUGAAAAUCCGCAUCGACCAGUUCCUCCUGCAGAAGGGGAUGCUGAGCAGGGACGGGAUGUUGGGGAGACGAGAGCAGGGAGAGGAUCCACAGGCCUCCAGACUUAUAGCCUCCAAGGUGUAUGGACAGUCCCAGAACUCUCCACAUUCCUCUAAAUGCUCAACUAGUAUUCAGUAUAAUACAGACACCGUUAACACAAACAGGCAAAUUGAAGAUGCUGGACCUUCAUUGGAUAAUAGGAAUCACAUGUCUAACGCUCGUAGUACUGAUGGUCAGUCAGAGUUAGACAGAAGAAAGAAAAGAGAUCCAAGUGAAAUAUCCAGAGAAUCAACGGAAGCUGAGAAACAACUACCGGCUCAAACAAAAAGGCCAAGAAGUGAUUCUACCUCUGUCUCCAGCUGCAGCUCUCAUGAGCAGCGUUUGUCAGCAAGUCUGGACGAGGCCCUCUUCUCUGCCCUGCAGGGUCGACCCUCCUUCACGUCCAACUUGCCCCAGCAGAGGCAGGUUACUCCUGACCCUGACCCACUAACAGCCACCCAGCAGAGUCCGAGUUCAGGCUUUCAAAGCAUGUCUACAGCUGAGAACACCUGCUCUGCAUGCUCCUCUUCCAUCUCCGUUUACUCCACGACGGCAUCGUCCAUCUACCGCCUGAGCUGCGCUCACUUUCUCUGCCGCGCCUGCCUGCAGAGGGAAUCAAAACCACUGAACUCUGCCACUGCAUCAACUUCCAAUCACAUCUGCUGCCCGGCCUGCCAGAGCUCGACCCCACGCAGCCACAUCACACGAGUGCAUCGAUGACAGGCUGCUUAGGAAACAAACUGACGCCUUCAGGCUGGGAGCGAUGGAGGAGGGACUGUUGCGAAGAUGAGGACAGGUUUGUACUCCAAAUGUUUUCAUAGAAUAAAGUAAGAAAAGUAAAUGAAAGAGCAGGUUCUAGAUUUUACAGAUGAUUAUUAAACAUCACAUCAAAUUGUACCCGUCAUCCAAAACUUCUCAUUUCCAGUGUUACUUUGUAAGACUUUUGCAUGAUUUCUUAUUAAACAUCUCUCAAAGGUACCUCAA